AGCAGGCUGUUGCCAUGCGUGUCAAGGACGCCGAGUUCGAUCACACCACGGCGGACACAUGGUACUAUGAAGGCGCCCCUUACAUCCUGCUGGAUACCGCCUGCGCUGAAGCCGGCGCGUUCCACAACAAUGAGGUUGAAGCCUGUGGCCUUCUAACGGACGAGCAAGAACCACCAGAUGAUGGCACCGGACCGUACCGGCGGCUACAGUACCUCCCUGCCGCCAUCCUUGUACACCCGAUCCACGGUCACAAACCCACCACGAUCCUGCAGGGCUCGCACGACCUCGCCAGCCACGGUGCUACUUUUGCGCUCCGACCCCGUGCCAGCAAGGAGCCUGCGACCGUCCUGAUGCCCGCCACCAACACCGGCACCGCACCCAAAGCCAUCAAACGCAUCAACUUCGGCCUCGGUGACUGGUUCGUUGUCACGGACCACUGGGUACAGGGCCGAACAUUCCGCGAGUGCUGGGUCGUCGACCUCAGUGUACCACCGAAAGGGAUCAAGCGUGCCACUCUCUUCGUCCUCCUCACCCGCUUCAAAUCCCUCGAUGACAUUCACCUCCUGCGCCCACUCUACACCACCCCGACCGAACGCCGCAGCGUGGUCACCGCCUUCCAGCGCGCCACCAGGCUGACCGAUGACCUAGCCGCUGAACUGCGUUUGCUGGACGCCACAGCAGCCGACACACGCCGACGCUACCGGAACGAAUUCCGGUGGGCGGAACAGCUGGAGAUGCGCCGUGCACCCGACACCGCCACCUAA